CAGACAUGUUGCCCUGACAUCACGGAAACCAGAGUGAAGAGAGGGAUUCACUCUUAAGUCUGGAUGAAGUGGAGCCUCAGGGUUUCAGGGGUUUUCGAGGUUUUUCGGGGACGAAACACGAACAAGUGGAAACAUCUGAUCUAUAACCGUCCUUUCAAAAGAUCAGAUACUAAAUCUGACGGCUUUUAAAAAACCCUCCGUGGGAUCAAAUCCCAUCGGCUCAAGUCAGAAUCUCCACCACAGAAGCCCCGGAGGUUGUUUGACUUGAAGACAACUCGGCUAAUGUAUUUUUCUCCUCUCAGCUCGUGUUAAGCUGUGUAAACUCUGAGCGCCACAAGACUGGAAAGAGAGGGAGGAGAGGAAAACGAGGGGAAAGAGUGGAGGGUGGAGGUGUGUGUGUGUGUGUGUGUGUGUGUGUGUGUGUGUGUGUGUGUGUGUGUGUGUGUGUGUCUGAGAGUGGAAAUGGGCAACAGGGAGGAGGAAUGUGAAACAUUUCUGAUGCCGCUCCAGUGGCUGUUUACACGGUCGUCAGCCCGUGACAUCAGAGUCCAGACUUUAUAAAUGUCAGCAGGCGCGAGAGUGAGCAGUUAGCAAACAGCUGCAGUGGUCAUCACCGGGUAGUGAGACAGAGACCAUCGCACUCCAGCCCCCAUGGACCGACCGCUGUGCGACUGGGCGACUGCUGUGGCCCUGCUGCUGUGUGUGGCGACACAGGUGUUGUCCCAGCUGUGUGACCGACCCUGCCUUUGCCCCAGUCCUGCCCCCCAGUGCCCGGCAGGAGUGGCACUGGUGCUGGACGGCUGCCGGUGCUGCCAGGUGUGUGCCAGGCAGCGAGGCGAGUUCUGCACCGAGGUGUUUCCCUGCGACGGCCCGAGAGGCCUGCGGUGCGACUACAGCGCCAGCUUCCCAGGAGACCCCGGGGAGUGUGUCGGUCAGGAGGAUCUGAGCUGUGAGGUGGACGGCGUCACGUACCAGGAGGGCCAGUCGUUCCAGCCCUCCUGCGACUCGUACUGCCACUGCAGAGGAGGAGGUGUGACCUGUGUGCCGGCCUGUCCCUUGACCGGCCGCCUGCCCACUCCGGACUGUCCCGAGCCACAACACGUCCGCCUGCCGGGGAAAUGCUGCAAAGAAUGGGUGUGUGAGAACCUGGAGAACACGGUCAUUCAGGAUGCUAUCACAGCCAUGAGACCCGACAGGUUGUGGCCCGCUCUGCCCCGGAAUCACCCCCUGAACAGACUGGUGCCGUCUGCCUCCAGCUGCGUGGAGCAGAGCACCCAGUGGAGCGCCUGCUCCCAGAGCUGCGGGGCUGGAGUCUCCACGCGGGUCUCCAACCAGAACCCUGCCUGCAAGCUGCAAAUGGAGACUCGGCUCUGUAAAGUGAGGCCCUGCAGCCGUGCAGCUCAGCCGGCGUCAAGCAAGCGUGUGUGGGGACGUCAGGGGCGGUGCGAGGCCAGCUACACGUCACCGGGCCCCAUCCGGCUCGUUCACCAGGGCUGCUACAGCACCCGCGCCCACUUCCUCCGGUACUGCGGACAGUGCACGGACUCUCGCUGCUGCACGCCGUACCACACCACCACCGCCGAGGUGACCUUCAGCUGCCCCACUGGCAGACUGCUGCGGCGAGCGGUGAUGAUGAUCCACUCGUGUGUCUGUCACAGCAGCUGCCCCUACGGCCCGUUCAGGAACCCUGCGCUGUGGGGGUACAGGCCCUGAUCGGCCCGGCACAGAGAGACUCCACCGACUGAUGUGAGGAGAAGCUGUUUUCAUCCUCCCCAGGAUCCACAGGAGGCGUCCUCUCGUCAGUGGACACUGAAAGACAAUGACAAAAAGCUUGUGGUGAAUCAAGCAAGUGACCAAAGUGACCUUUGCAGAACAAAGCACUUUUUAAAACAAAGUCAAAAAGUGGACAAACCAAACGGACGCGUCAGAGGUUGAAACAGGUUGAAAGAGUUCAUUCUGAUUUAUUAUUAAUGUGAUUUAUUUUCUCGUUUCGCUCAUUUUCCGUGACUUCAUGUCGCCAAUUAAUCCGCCACCACAUCCAAACCAGCGCAGACGGGUCCACUUUCAUCAGAACUAAUUCCAUUUCAAUAAUUGCAGUUGGUUAUAUUUGGCGGUUUGGCUCUGCUCCUCCCUGAGCAGCAGCUAAAAGACCUCAGCACAGAUCAGACACGUCAGAUUCCGUAUGAAAAGGAGGAGCUGGGUCGGGGGUGGUUGUGACGUGGCUUUGCAGUCGAGGCCGGAAGAGUCGAGAGCUAAAGCAGCUUAAAUAUGAGCUUUAGCAGCUGAUGUACUGGACUGUGGCUGAGCUCGACUCCAUCACUCCCCAGAUCCAACGCUGCGUCAUUUUAUAAAACAGCUGCAAAAAGUCUAUAACCCACAAAGUAAACGUUAAAGGUUUUUAAGAUGGUUUUGAAAGACGUGCACUGAUAUAAAGCUCCUCAGAGGGAACUGCAACCUUUUAAUUAAAGGUGCCUGAUCAUGAACUCAAAGUUUAAAGUAAAUUUUGUAAAAGAAAAAUGAGAUAAAAGUACAUAUUGACUCUGAUUCUUCUGAUGUUUCACAACUGGAAACAUCAGGACUGAAGCAGUAAGUUAUUUACUCAAUAAUUGUAUCGUGUUUUUUUCAACCUAGAAAAACCUAAACUAUGACUCGAGGACAGUUGAUCUCGAUGCUACUUUGGUCAUGAAGAUGUUUUUAAAGACGUAUUUACUUUGCUAUAAGGCGACGUCGUCUCAAAUAACAAUUUAAAAUGAAUUAAAAAUGAGUAUUUGUUAGAUAGAAAUCCUGCAGAAUGACUCCAACCUCUGUGUUGACAGAUCUUGUUUCUGACUCGACCAAUGCAACUUUGAACUUGCGUGUGUGUGUGUGUGUGUGUGCGUGUGUGCGUGUGUGUGUGUGUGUGUGUGUGUGUGUGUGUGUGUGUGUGUGUGUGUGUGCUGUCAGAUGAUAUUGCACUUUCUUUAUUUUACUGUUUUGCUGUAAAUAUUUCUGUUCUUUUUAUGUAUAGUUAAUAAUGUCAAUAUUUUACAAAGGUCCUACAUUUGUCUUCCUGAUGAUUGUCACUAUUCUAAAUCGAUGUUUUUCAUUUCCUUACUGACGUCACACAUUAAAGUUUGAAAUGCCUUUUUCCAAA